AUGGGACUAUUCGAAGAGUAUUGUCGUUCAAGUACGGUUCAUGGUGUUAGAUAUUUUACCGAGAAAAAGCGUCAUUGGAUGGAAAGGGUUUGGUGGAUGUUAGCCAUUGCAUUGGCUCUGUUUUAUUGUGGAUACUCAAUUCAAAAUGUCUACAUUAAGUGGGAUCAAAGUCCGGUUAUUGUCAGUUUUGCUGAGAAAUCGACACCAAUAUGGGAAAUACCAUUUCCAGCUGUAACGAUCUGUCCAGAAACAAAAGCUGAUACUUCACAACUAAAUUUUACUGAUGUUUUUCAUAAAAUGAAAUCAGCGGGGAAGCCGCCAUACAACAUUACUGACAAAGAGGACGAGUUAAUGGCGGCUGUGAUUCAAAUUUGUGACUCUUAUUUAACAGGCUACUUCGAAGUCGGUGCAAAUUUUACGGACAGCUCGAUAACAGAUUUACUAAGAGAUACGGCUCCUAGUUCUAACGACACAUUGUUUGUCUGCAAAAUUCGAGACAUAUAUGAAGACUGCCAACCAUACUUUCACGAAAUCAUGACCGAAGACGGGCUAUGUUUUACGUUCAACACACUGAAUGGUUCGGAGCUAUUUACCGAAGACCUAAGUCCUGAUUACACGCGAAUCGACCACAACAUGUCUGCAAAUUUUUGGAAUCUGGAAGAUGGAUAUGACUCAUCUGUCGAAAUAGAUUCGCAGACAUAUCCGUAUCGCAUAUUUGGUUCUGGUGCACAAGAUGGUAUUUUCGUUCUGAUGCAUCUGUUGAAAGAACAUUUAGAAUAUAUGUGUCGUGGUGCGGUACAAGGUUUCAAAAUUUCAUUACACACACCCGGUGAAAUACCACAGAUGUCGAAACAUUAUUUUAGAGUGCCAUUGCUGCAAGAGGUAUUGGUGUCAGUGAAACCAAACAUGAUAACUACUUCGGAAGGACUAAGACAUUAUGAACCAAAUAGGCGACAGUGCUACUUUGCAUCGGAGCGAAAGCUUCGCUUUUUGAAAGUGUACACUCAAAGAAACUGCGAGUUGGAAUGUCUAGCGAACUUCACAUUGAAGGCAUGUGGAUGUGUAAAAUUCUCCAUGCCGAGGGACAAGGAUACACCAAUCUGCGGGGCUGCGAAAAUGAAUUGUUACUUAAAAGCAGGAAGCAAUUUGUUAAAGGAACAAUUUGCGAAAAGAUUGACUCUUGAACCUGGCGCUGAAAGUGUAACAGGCUGCAAUUGCUUACCAGCUUGCACUUCGAUUACAUAUGAUGCAGAGAUUUCACAGGCUCCAUUUGAUUGGAAAUCUCUGACUAUUGCUUACAAACUUGAUAAGGACUUUCCUGAUGUACAUUCGUCCCAGUUGUGGAUAUAUUUCAAAGAAAAUCAGUUCAUCACCUCGAAACGUUCUGAAUUGUUUGGUCCAACUGAUUUUCUGGCUAGUUGCGGUGGUUUGCUUGGACUUUUUAUGGGUGCAUCAUUUUUGAGCAUUGUAGAAUUGUUGUACUUUCUGUCAUUACGAUUGUGGUGUAAUUUACGUUCGCGCAUGCAUCGAAAACGGAAAAACAAAAUUGACGAUUCAGCAAUACCAGGAAUCGUUCGGCCAAAUGGAGAUGAUAAGGAGGAGUAGAUAAAAUACGAAUUAGAACAUAAUUCUCUUCCAAUAUUUUUGUCUUAAAUUUUCGAGUUAAAAAAAAAAUAAUAAUAAGUUGCAAUUUCCGCGUUGUAGGCGCUUCCCAUAUGAUAACGUACAUCAUUAAUUCAGCUGAAAUACCCCGUAAAAUUUGAGUUCAUUACAAUGCA